CUUUUUCUACUUAGGGCAUCAUAUUUUCGACGAGUUUUACAAUUUUUUAAUAAAAUAUGAGCAGACUGUAAAACCCUUUUUCAAUACUGUAAUUUUUCUGCUUCAAACAGUUAUCGUGAUUUUAUGAGUUGGGGCAGUGGGAUGGAUUUUUCACCAUUAUACAAAAAGAAGCGAAGAAAUUCGGGCAGGAACAGUUUUGCGUGAUUUUGCCCUGCAGUGGGUAACAAACUUAGGGGCAGUUCUUACGCCCCUCGAAGCUCAGUUUGUGGCAAGCAGAAAAGCAAUUGAAAAUGAUUCCAAUACAAAACUUCGAGCAACAUGCUCGCAGAUUUAUGGAGCCGGAAUUGCCUAUGCAAAUGAGGUACCAGCUCGCAACAGAAGUGAGAGACAAUCUUGAAAUUCUACAUACUUCAGAAUAUCUCAACUUUCUGAAGAGCUACUUUCGAGUGUUCUCGGCCAUUCUGACACAGCUGACGAAGCCUCAGGCAACCGACAGCGUUGAGCACAAGCUCAGAAAUGUGAUAAUCGAGAUUCUCAACAGGCUUCCUCACAGUGAAGUGCUCAGGCCCUCUGUGCAAGACCUGCUCAAGGUCGCCAUGCAUGUUUUAACUACUGACAAUGAAGAAAACGGCCUUAUUUGCAUGCGCAUCAUUUUCGAUCUUCUGCGCAACUACAGACCCACACUUGAGUCCGAGGUUCAACCUUUUCUCGACUUCGUUAAGCAGAUAUAUCAAAACUUCAGAACCACUGUUAGUUAUUUUUUUGAUGACACAAGUGGAAAUGAUAGUCAGGUGGCAGCUAGUCAACAUUCAAUUGUUCACAUUGGCUCACAAAGGCCAUCUGGAGGUCCAAUUCCUGGACAGUUGAAUCCAAGCACUCGAUCAUUUAAAAUUGUUACGGAGUGCCCAUUAAUUGUAAUGUUUCUUUUUCAGCUAUAUAGUCGUUAUGUGCAGACCAACAUACCUGUUCUCCUUCCUCUCAUGGUGACUGCCAUUUCAAUUCCUGGGCCACAGCACGUUCCACCCAACUUGAAAAAUCACUAUGUUGAAUUGAAGGGUGCACAGGUCAAGACUGUUUCCUUUUUAACAUACUUGCUGCGGAGCUUUGCUGAUUAUAUCAGGCCACAUGAAGAGAAUAUAUCAAAGAGCAUAGUCAACUUGCUUGUUAGUUGCCCAGAUUCUGUGUCAAUUCGCAAGGAACUACUUGUGGCCACCAGGCAUGUACUUGCAACUGACUUCAGGCGAGGAUUUUUCCAACUAAUUGACACUUUAUUGGAGGAGAGGGUUUUAGUAGGGACUGGACGAGCUUGCUUUGAAACUCUAAGGCCAUUGGCGUAUAGUCUGCUUGCAGAGCUAAUUCAUCAUGUUCGGUUGGACCUUUCACUUUCUCAGCUCUCUCAAAUUAUAUAUUUGUUUUCAAGAAACAUGCACGAUUCAUCUCUCCCACUUAGUGUGCAGACUACUUGUGCUCGAUUGAUGCUUAAUUUGGUUGAACCUAUUUUUAGCAGAGGCGUUGAUCCUGCCAGCAAGGAAGAAGGACGAGCCUUACUGGGGCGUAUAUUGGAUGCAUUUGUGAGCAAGUUUGGUACAAUCAAGCAUACUAUUCCUCAGCUUAUUGAAGAUUGUGAGGAUGGGAAAGAGCACUGCAGUUUGAGGUCCAAAUUAGAGUUGCCUGUGCAGGCAGCAUUAAAUCUGCAGACACCUUUAGAGCAUUCAAAGGAGUUAAGCGAUUGCAAGCAACUAAUCAAGACUUUGGUCAUGGGAAUGAAGACAUUAGUUUGGAGUAUUACUCAUGUGAACUCAUCACAGAUGCAGGUAGCUCAGUCGCCUACUGCUGGGAGUUCUAUUGGGAUGAAAGGCAUGCGGGAAGAUGAGGUACGGCUUGCCUCAGGGGUAUUAAAAAGUGGGGUGCUUUGCCUCUCAAUAUUCAAGGAAAAGGAUGAAGAGAGAGAAAUGCUACAGUACUUCUCCCAAGUUUUUACAUCAAUGGAACCUAGAAACCUAAUGGAUAUGUUUGCUAUGUGCAUGCAACAUCUUUUUGAGUGCAUGCUUAACAACAACCAGUUGUUGCUUAUAUUUACUACCCUUCUUCAGACGCCCAAGGUUGUACGUUAUUUUGCAGAUGUUCUUGUGAAUUUUCUAGUUAGUACCAAACUUGAUGUUCUAAAGCAGUCAGAUACCCCUGCAUCAAAACUUGUGCUACAGUUGUUCCGACUUUUGUUUGUUGCGGUUGCUAAAUCUCCGACAGAUUGUGAGCGUGUAUUACAGCCACAUGUAUCAACUAUCAUGGAAGUAUGUAUGAAGAAUGCUACCGAGAUAGACAAACCUCAUGGAUACAUGCAACUGCUUCGUUCAAUGUUUCGUGCUCUUUCAGGAGGGAAAUUUGAAAUGUUGUUUAGAGAGUUUAUCUCUACUCUGCAACCUUGCCUUAACAUGCUUUUGGCUAUGGUGGAGGGUCCAACUGGAGUUGAUAUGAUAGACCUUGUUCUUGAGCUUUGUCUAACAUUGCCUGCUCGCUUAAGUUCUUUACUUCCACAUCUCCCACGUCUUAUGAAGCCAUUGGUCCUGGCAUUGAAAGGAAGUGAUGAACUUAUAGGCUUAGGUUUAAGGACACUUGAAUUCUGGAUUGAUAGCCUCAAUCCAGAGUUUUUGGAGCCUAGUAUGGCAAAUGUUAUGUCAGAAGUAAUCUUAACUCUGUGGUCUCAUCUCCGACCGAAGCCUUAUCCCUGGGGAGCGAAAGCCUUGCAACUUCUUGGUAAACUGGGUGGUAGAAACAGAAGGUUUUUGAAAGAGCCUUUAGCUCUUGAGUGCAAAGAAAACCCUGAACAUGGUUUAAGACUUAUUUUGACAUUUGAGCCAUCCCCAUCAUUUCUGGUGCCUUUGGAUAGAUGCAUCUACCUUGCCAUAGCAGCUGUUAUGCAAAAUAGAUCGAGUGUGGAUGCUUUUUACAGAAGGCAUGCUCUGAAGCUUCUGCGGGUCUGUUUGGCAUCUGUUUUAAAUCUCAAGGGAAAUAUAGCUGGGGAAGGGGUCACUCCAGGACUUCUGAGUUCGAUGCUGAUUUCACCAAUUGAUCCCUCAAGGCGCAGGACUGAGACAUCAAAUAUGAAGGGUGACCUAGGGGUGAAAACAAAGACACAACUGAUGGCAGAAAGAUCUGUGUUCAAGGUUCUUUUGAUGACUGUUAUUGCAGCUAGUGCAGAGCCUGAACUUCAAGAUCCAAAGGAUGAUUUUGUUCCCAAUAUAUGUCGUCAUUUUGCUAUGAUAUUUCAUGUGGAUUCAUCACCACCUGCUCCAUCAGUAGCAACUGGUCAACUUGUGAGUACGACAGGAACUGGGGGAUCAAGUUCUAAGUCAAGGAGUUCUUCCCAUGCCAGUUUGAAAGAGUUAGAUCCUUUGAUAUUCUUAGAUGCAUUAGUUGAUGUUCUUGCAGAUGAAAACAGAGCACAUGCAAAAGCUGCUUUGAAUGGGCUCAAUAUUUUUGCUGAAACACUUCUAUUUCUUGCUCGCACCAAACAUACUGGAGUACUGACUCCAAGCCGUGUGGGAACACCUGGUACUCCCAUGAUGGUCUCAAGCCCAUCUAUGAAUCCAGUCUACUCGCCACCUCCAGGUGUUCGGAUUCCUGUAUUUGAGCAGCUGCUUCCUCGACUUUUACAUUGUUGCUAUGGAAGUACAUGGCAAGCUCAGAUGGGUGGGGUGAUGGGUCUUGGAGCUUUGGUUGGUAAAGCUACUGUUGAAACUUUGUGUCUUUUUCAAGUCCGUGCAGUUCGUUGUCUAGUAUAUGUGUUGAAGAGGCUUCCUCAGCAUGCACAUAAGGAGCAAGAGGAGACAAGUCAAGUACUUACGCAGGUUCUAAGGGUUGUGAAUAAUGUUGAUGAGGCUAACAGUGAGCCACGUAGGCAGAGUUUCCAAGGAGUUGUAGAUUUUCUUGCAGCAGAGCUAUUCAAUCCAAAUGCAACACUUAUUGUGAGAAAGAAUGUGCAGUCAUGCCUAGCAUUGCUUGCCAGCAGAACAGGUAGUGAGGUUUCAGAGUUACUUGAGCCCCUAUAUCAACCACUUUUGCAACCUCUUAUUAUGCGUCCUCUUCGUAGUAAGCACAUUGAACAACAGGCAAUGAAUGUUUUAUUGAGGCAGGUAGGAACUGUAAUGGCAUUGAACUUUUGCCUUGCCUUACGUCCUCCACUCCUAAAGAUGACUCAAGAGCUUGUAAACAUCUUGCAAGAAGCAUUGCAAAUAGCUGAGGCAGAUGAGACUGUCUUAAUUGGGAAAUUCAUGAACCCAAAGUUGGCUGUAACAUUGACUAAGCUUCGAACGGCAUGUAUUGAGCUUCUUUGUACGGCCAUGGCAUGGGCUGAUUUUAAAACUCCAAAUCACACAGAUUUACGAUCCCGCAUAAUUUCAAUGUUCUUCAAGUCACUCACUUGUCGGACUCCUGAAAUUGUUGCUGUAGCAAAGGAGGGACUUCGUCAGGUUAUACAGCAACAAAAAAUGCCCAAAGAUCUCUUACAAAACAGCCUUAGGCCAAUAUUGGUAAAUUUGGCUCAUACCAAAAGCCUUACAAUGCCCCUUUUACAAGGUUUAGCUCGAUUACUUGAACUUCUAUCAAAUUGGUUCAAUGUGACUCUGGGUUGUAAGCUUUUAGACCACCUGAAGAAGUGGCAAGAACCAGAAAAACUUGCACAGACUCAGAAAGCUUGGAAAGCUGGCGAGGAGCCAAAAAUUGCUGCAGCAAUCAUAGAGCUUUUUCAUCUUCUGCCAUCUGCAGCAUCUAAGUUCUUGGAUGAACUCGUGCAAAUUAUUAUGGAUUUGGAAGCAGCUCUUCCCCAAGGUCAAGUGUACAGUGAGCUAAAUAGUCCUUAUCGUCUUCCACUGACUAAGUUUUUAAAUCGCUAUGCAACAGAUGCAGUGGAUUAUUUUCUUGCUCGAUUGAAUCAGCCUAAAUAUUUUAGAAGAUUUAUGAAUAUCAUCAGAUCAGAAACGGGACAACCCUUAAGAGAGGAGCUUGCAAAGUCACCGAAAAAGAUAAUUGCCAAUGCAUUUCCUCAGGUUAUAGAAAAGCCAGAUGAGACUGCUGCCUCCAGUGUAUUACCAUCUGCAGCGAAUAGUGGUGAUGCUUUAGUGUCCUCUGUAAAUGAGAAUUUAGGUGGUGUGCAAUCCACUGGAGGUGCUAGUACGGGCGAGAUGACAGAUGCUCAUUUCCAUGGACUAUCACUGGUAUCAGUUUUGGUUAAGUUGAUGCCUGAUUGGCUGUGUAACAAUCGUGCUGUUUUUGAUGCUUUAGUUAUUGUGUGGAAGUCAACUUCGAGAGAAGCUCGCAUACGCAAUGAGCGGGGUCUUAGCUUGGACCAAGUCAAAGAGAGCAAGAGGCUUGUCAAGUGUUUUCUGAAUUAUCUAAGGCAUGAUAAAACUGAAGUUGGGGUUCUGUUUGAUAUGUUAUCAAUUUUCUUGGUCAGAACUCGCAUUGACUACACAUUCUUAAAAGAAUUUUACAUGAUUGAGGUUGCAGAGGGAUACACCCCACAAAUGAAGAAGGCACUUCUGGUGCAUUUUCUACGUCUGUUUCAGUCAAAGGAACUAACACAGGAUCAUUUAGUGGUUGCCAUGCAAAUGUUGAUUCUGCCAAUGCUUGCCCAUGCUUUUCAAAAUGGUCAGAGUUGGGAUGUGGUUGACUCUUCUAUUAUAAAGACAAUUGUUGAAAAACUGCUUGAUCCACCUGAAGAGGUAAGUGCAGAAUAUGAUGAACCUUUGAGGAUAGAGCUUUUGCAGCUUGCAACUUUAUUACUAAAGCAUCUCCCAAAUGAUCUUGUGCACCAUCGCAAAGAACUUAUCAAGUUUGGGUGGAAUCAUCUCAAGAGAGAAGAUAGUGCCAGCAGACAGUGGGCAUUUGUCAAUGUUUGUCAUUUCCUUGAAGCUUAUCAAGCUCCGGAGAAAAUCAUACUUCAGGUAUUUGUUGCUCUUUUAAGAACUUGCCAGCCAGAAAAUAAGGUGCUAGUGAAGCAAGCUCUUGAUAUUCUCAUGCCAGCACUUCCACGAAGGUUGCCACCGGGUGACUCUAAGAUACCUAUAUGGAUUCGUUACACAAGGAAAAUCCUAGUUGAAGAGGGGCAUUCAGUGCCUAACUUGAUUCAUAUUUUCCAGCUCAUUGUUCGGCAUUCAGAUCUAUUUUACAGCUGUCGAGCCCAGUUUGUGCCACAAAUGGUAAAUUCACUGAGUCGUCUUGGACUCCCCCAGAAUACUCCCCCUGAAAAUAGGCGUCUUGCUAUAGAGCUUGCUGGGCUUGUUGUAGGGUGGGAGAAACAACGUCAAGCAGAAGCAAAGAUGGUUUCUGACACAGAAGGAAAUGUACAACCUGCAGAUAUGUCAACUUCAACUUCAGCUGCAGAUGGCGACUUGUCUGCAGCAGCAACAAAUGUGAAACGCUCAUCUGAUGCUUCAGGAUUUUCAGAUGAUUUGGCUAAACGGGUUAAAGCUGAAAGUGGUCUACCCUCAUUGGGUGUGAUGUCUCCAAGUGGCACUUCCAUACAAAAUAUUGGUACACCUGGUGCAGCUGGUCAACCAGAUGAAGAGUACAAGCCAAAUGCUGCAAUGGAAGAAAUGAUUAUUAAUUUUCUCAUAAGGGUGGCAUUGGUAACAGAACCUAAGGACAAAGAAAUGUCUGCAAUGUAUAAACAGGCUUUGGAGCUCCUAUCUCAGGCAUUAGAGGUUUGGCCUACGGCUAAUAUAAAGUUCAAUUAUUUGGAAAAAUUACUCAGCAGUUUACAGCCCUCAGGGCAAAGCAAAGAUCCUUCAACAGCUUUAGCACAGGGCCUUGAUGUCAUGAAUAAGGUGUUAGAAAAGCAGCCACACCUAUUCAUUCGAAAUAAUGUUCAACAGAUAACUCAAUUACUUGAGCCUUGUUUUAACAGCAAGCUUUUGGAUAUAGGGAAGUCGUUAUGCACACUGUUAAAAAUGGUCUUUGAUGCAUUUCCCGUAGAUGCUAUGAGUAUGAAUGCACCACAGGAUAUUAGAACAUUGCACUCCAAGGUUGAAGAAUUGAUAGAGAAACAUCUUUUAGCAGUUACUGCACCUCAAAUAUCACUUGAGACAAGCUCAGCUAAUUCAAUGAUAAGUUUUGCACUUUCUGUUAUAAAGACGCUUGCUGAGGGGCAGAAAACUUUUAUAGACCCUUUUUUGAUGCCUUUAGUUCGUGUUCUUCAACGUUUCAUGAGGGAGAUGGGAACAAUUACUGGCACCAUUGCAAAACAAGGUCAAAGAAUGGAUACUGAAUCUGCAUCUGCGACUACACGUUUGAUGAAUGACCUUGGUGCUGUAACAUCGAAUUUGAAGUCAAUACUCAAACUCAUCAGUGGAAGAGUAAUGCUUGUACCUGAAUGCAAGCGCUUGACUAUGCAGAUAUUGCAAGCUAUACUGUCUGAGAAAGGCACAGAUGCUAGUGUCCUCCUUGCAAUACUUGAUAUAAUAAAAGAUUGGAUUGAAAAUGACUUCAGGUCAUCUACUUCUGGGACUCCUAAUGCUGUACAUAACAAGGAUAUAAUCAUGUACUUGCAAAAGCUAUCACAAGUAGAUAGACAGAAUCUUUCACCAGCAUUUGUGGAAGAGUGGGAUGGAAAAUACCUCAAUUUACUUUAUCGACUCUGUUCAGACUCGACCAAGUAUCCACUGCCUCUACGGCAGGAAGUAUUUCAGAAGGUGGAAAGGCAAUAUAUGUUGGGUUUAAGAGCAAAGGAUCCUGAGAUGCGACAAAAAUUCUUUGCGCUUUAUCAUGAUUCUCUUGGAAAGACAUUGUUCACACGAUUACAAUAUAUAAUACAAACACAGGAAUGGGAAGCUUUGAGCGAUUGCUUCUGGCUAAAACAGGGUUUAGAUCUUCUUCUAGCAAUCUUAGUAGAGCACGAGCCAAUUACACUUGCUCCAAAUUCAGCACAGGUGCCUCCCCUAAUAGCUUCAAGUAGUGUUCUAGAACGUGUUGGGGCACAACAACAAUUAGGUGAUGCUCCAGAAGAGCCAGACGGGACUCCUCUUACAUUUAAUGGUCUUGUGACCAGGCAUUCUAAAUUUUUGAAUGAGAUAAGCAAGCUUCAGGUUGCUGAUCUUGUGACUCCUUUAAGAGAACUUGCUCACACAGAUGCAAAUGUUGCAUACCAUAUGUGGGUGUUAGUAUUUCCAAUUGUAUGGGCUACACUGCAAAAAGAAGAGCAAGUUACACUGGCUAAACCAAUGAUUACCCUAUUGUCAAAGGACUAUCACAGCAAACAGCAAGAUAAGAGGCCAAAUGUAGUACAAGCACUGCUAGAAGGCUUGUCAUUGAGUCAGCCUCAGCCUAAAAUACCAAGUGAGCUUAUCAAGUUUCUUGGUAAAACAUACAACGCAUGGCACAUAGCUGUUUCUUUGUUGGAAAGCCACGUCAUGCUAUUUCCUCAUGAAACACGGUGCUCAGAAGCUCUGGCGGAACUAUAUCGUAUGCUGAAUGAGGAAGAUGUACGUUAUGGUUUAUGGAAAAAAAGGCCAAUUACUGCUGAAACAAGAGCAGGCCUAUCCCUGGUCCAACAUGGUUACUGGCAACGUGCUCAAGAUCUUUUCUACCAGGCUAUGAGUAAAGCGACUCAAGGUACAUACAAUAACAAUAUUCCUAAGGCUGAAAUGUGUCUUUGGGAAGAACAAUGGAUAUCUUGUGCACGGCAAUUGAAUCAAUGGGAAGUUCUGGCAGAUUUUGGUAAAACUGUGGAGAACUAUGAAAUAUUACUUGACUGCCUCUGGAAGAUUCCUGAAUGGAGUUUUUUGAAGGAGAAUGUGUUUCCAAAGGCGCAAGUUGAAGAUACGACAAAAUUUCGGAUAGUACAGGCAUAUUUGGCUCUUCAUGAUGGUAGUAUUACUGGAGUGAGCGAAGCUGAUAGUAGGGUUGUCCAAGGAGUUGAUCUAGCGUUAUAUCAGUGGUGGCAACUGCCUGAAAUGUCUGUACAAUCUCAUGUGCCUUUGUUGCAACAAUUCCAGCAAUUGGUAGAGCUUCAAGAAUCAGCAAGAGUUCUUGUAGAAAUCGGAAACGGAAACAAGCAACUUGUUGCAGCUGCCCCUCUUGGAGGUGUUCAUGGUAGCUAUGUGGACCUUAAAGAUAUUCUUGAAACUUGGAGACUAAGGAUACCUAAUGAGUGGGAUAAUUUGUCUGUCUGGUAUGAUUUGCUGCAGUGGAGGAAUCACAUGUACAACACUGUAAUUAAUGCAUUCAAAGAUUUUUCAAAUACUAACCCUCAGCUUCAUCAACUUGGAUAUCGGGAUAAGGCAUGGAGUGUCAACAAGCUUGCUCGUGUUGCCCGCAAGCAAGGACUUUUUGAUGUCUGUGUAGCUGUGCUCAACAAAAUGUAUGGCUUUGCAACCAUGGAAGUUCAAGAAGCAUUUGUGAAGAUAAGAGAGCAAGCGAAAGCCUAUUUGGAAAUGAGAGGUGAAUUAGUGAAUGGUAUCAACUUGAUUAGCAAUACCAAUCUGGAAUAUUUUCCUGUUCAGCAUAAGGCAGAGAUCUUCCGGCUUAAGGGGGAAUUUUUGCAGAAACUGGGUGAGGGAGAUGGUGCUAAUCAUGCAUAUUCGAGUGCCAUCAGUCUCUUCAAGAAUUUAUCAAAAGGAUGGAUAAGCUGGGGCAAUUAUUGUGACAAAGUCUAUCAGGAGACAAAUGAAGAUAUCUGGCUGGAAUAUGCAGUGAACUCCUUUCUUCAGGGUAUUAAGCAUGGUGUAUCAAGUGCUAGAAAUCACUUGGCUCGUGUUCUAUAUUUGUUGAGCUUUGACACCUCAAAUGAGCCCGUGGGAAAGGCAUUUGACAAGUACUUGGACCACAUACCUCACUGGGUCUGGCUUUCAUGGAUACCCCAGUUACUCCUUUCUUUGCAGAGACCUGAGGCAGCUCAUUGCAAGCUUGUUCUUCUCAAAGUAGCUACAGUAUAUCCACAGGCACUCUAUUAUUGGUUGCGGACAUAUUUGUUAGAACGUCGUGAUGUUGCCAACAAAUCAGAAUUGGUAAGAGGAGCUGCAGUUGCUCAGCAGCGAGUUCAACAGAUAAGUGCAUCUGUUGCUAGUUCAGCUUCUCUAAAUUCAGUGGAAAGUAAUCCAAUAACUUCAAAUCCGAAUGCAAGUAACCUGCCUUCAGAUGUUGCAAAUAGUCAAGUUACACAGGGGGGGAUUUUGUCUGUGCCUCAUGAUAGUACAAAUACACAAACACAAGAAUCAGAUAAAGCACCAACAAUUGAUGGGAAUGUUCCUGUAGGGUCUGAAUCAUCUCAGACAAAUUCUGCAAGUGUGAAUGAUACUCAAGCUGGGAUAAGGCGUAAUGCUGGGCUUAGCUGGGGAGCUUCAGCAGUGACAGCAUUCGAUGCGGCAAAGGAUGUUAUGGAGGCUUUGAGGAGCAAGCACACAAAUUUAGCGAGUGAGCUUGAGGUGUUCCUAACAGAAAUUGGUUCAAGAUUUGUUCCUUUGCCUGAAGAGAGACUGCUUGCUGUAGUGCAUGCAUUGCUGCACCGAUGCUACAAAUAUCCUACUGCUACAACAGCGGAGGUUCCACAAUCACUCAAGAAAGAGCUUUCAGGUGUCUGCAGAGCUUGCUUUUCAGCAGACACUGUAAACAAACAUGUUGAAUUUGUGAAUGAGUACAAACGGGACUUUGAACAUGAUCUCGAUCCUGACAGUACAUUAUCAUUUCCAUCUACGCUUUCUGAGUUAACUGAGCGUUUGAAACAUUGGAAGAAUGUUCUACAAGGAAAUGUGGAAGACAGAUUGCCUGCUGUCUUAAAACUGGAGGAAGAAAGCAGGGCCCUUCGUGAGUUUCAUGUUGUUGAUGUGGAAGUUCCAGGACAGUACUUUGCUGAUCAGGAGAUUGCACCUGAUCAUACAGUAAAGUUGGAUAGGAUUGGUGCAGAUGUGCCCAUAGUUCGUCGACAUGGUAGCAGCUUCCGUAGAUUGACUAUAGUUGGCUCUGAUGGUUCUCAAAAACAUUUUCUUGUUCAGACUUCACUAACUCCCAGUGCCAGGAGUGAUGAGCGAAUGGUGCAAUUAUUUCGAGUCUUAAACAGGUUGUUUGACAAACAUAAGGAGUCAAGACGCAGACACCUUGCAUUUCAUACCCCAGUCAUUAUACCUGUUUGGCCACAGGUUCGCAUGGUGGAGGAUGAUCUGAUGUAUAGUACUUUCGGGGAAGUUUAUGAAAUUAAUUGUGCUAGAUAUGGCCGUGAGGCUGACCUUCCAAUCACCCACUUUAAGGAGCGUCUGAAUCAUGCUAUUCUGAAUCAGCUGCCACCUGAAGCUGUUGCAGACUUACGACUACAUACAUACAAUGAGAUAACACAAAGCCUUGUCAGUGAGAAUGUAUUUUCUCAAUAUAUGUAUAAAACGCUUCCAAGCUGUAAUCAUUUGUGGGCAUUCAAAAAGCAGUUUGCUAUUCAGUUAGCAUUGUCAGGUUUCAUGUCAUAUAUGUUGCAAAUUGGUGGACGCUCUCCAAACAAGAUUUUAUUUGCAAAAAACACAGGCAAAGUGUUUCAAAAUGAUUUUCACCCUGCUUAUGAUGCAAAUGGUAUGAUAGAGUUUAACGAGCCAGUGCCCUUCAGGCUUACACGCAAUUUGCAAACUUUCUUUACACCUUUUGGUGUUGAAGGUCUUUUUGUUUCUGCUAUGUGUGCAGCUGCACAAUCCAUUGUUGCACCAAAGAAUCAGCAUGUUCAACACCAGUUGGCAAUGUUCUUCAGAGAUGAACUUUUGUCAUGGUCCUGGAGAAGACCACCUGGAAUGCCAUCAGCACCAGCAGCAGCAGGGGGUAUCAGUCCCGUAGAAUUUGAGCAAAAAGUGAAAACAAAUGUUGAGCAAGUCAUAGGUCGUGUCAAAGUGAUUGCUCCACAGUGCUUCCCAGAAGAGGAGGAGAAUGCGACUGAACCACCACAAUCUGUGCAACGGGGUGUCACAGAGCUAGUGGAUGCUGCUUUGCGACCAAAGAGUCUCUGUAUGAUGGAUCCAACAUGGCAUCCUUGGUUUUGAGAGGGUGUACAGUUGUUUCUUGGUAACAAAUUGAAUUGCCAGGUCACAUCCUUAUUCUCAUUGGGUGCCCGAUGUUUUGGGCUAGGGAGUAAAGUUUUUUGUAUUUUGCCUCCAGUGUUUUCUGUAUUUAUAUUGUUCCAAAUUCCAUUUUAUUAAACGAUUGUAAGUUGUUCGCUAUAACGAGUUUGUUACCAUUGAAACUGCAGAUACAGUUUUACUUGUAAAUAGUGUUUCUCUAUGGUUCAUUGUAUAUUCUUACCACAAGGAUAUUGACUGAAAUUUAAUUCAACCAAGUUUUUGCGUUUAAAACUAUAAUAUGAGUAUUAUGUCUGAUAUGCCUGGGCGUAAUGCCUUAAUUUGAAAGCUUGUAAGAUAAUCUGGACAUACAAUGCAGUUGUACGAUUACAAAUUUUUC